UGUGAGGUGCACGUGAGGGGCUCAGCAGAAAUGUCCUGUGUUCCCAACUGGGCCCUGGUUACGGUGAAGGUCAGCAGCACCAAAAACUCGGCCUCUGAGGCCAAGAACAGAGUGAGCCGCUGCCUGGACUACAUCACACAGAACCUGCAGAAACCAGACGUGCAGGCAGAAAAUAUAACUGUGACAAAGGAUAUUAGUAGAAUAGGAAAUGCUUAUCACAUGGAAGCAGAGGUCAGCAUUAUAUUCUCCGAAUUCGAAAAAAUGCAGGAUAUUUGUAAUCUUUUCGUGGAAAAACUAGAUAGUUCUGUUAUUAUCAAUCCUCCUCACUUUAACAUACACCAGGAGUUAUUGAGAAUCUUAGACGUCAAGUUUGUCUCUGUGCUGUUGGAAAUGCAUGGCGAAAAGCUCAAGAAGUAUGUCAGCUUGUUGGUCAGUCACUAGGAAAAUCUUUAUUAA